CUAGUAGCAGAAUUCAGCCGCUUACUUAAAGUAUUUGGUUUGCGUCUCACUAGGUUAGGACAAUCUGAUCAUGAAUUACUUAUGGCUAGGCUGUUUGGUUUUUGCAGUUGCCACACCAUUUGCAAUGCCUGAAGAUAGUCAGAAUGAUGUCCAAAUUACAUGUGGGGAGAGUUCUGUUCAUGUUCAGUGGAAAGUGGACAAAUCGAUGACAGGAAAUCCUGCUCGUCUUUUCCUGGGUAACUGCUUUGCUUCAUACUUCUCAAAUCUGUCAAAUGAAGGAGGAGUUGCAGACUUUUACUAUGGACUUAAUGAUUGUGACUUCAGACGAAUGGCAACAUUGAAAUACUUGGUGUAUGAGAACAAGCUAAACUACAGGCCACUGCCUAAGCCCAACCCUCCUUCUUUCACCUAUCCGGUUAGAUGUGUGUAUGACAGGCCAAAGGGUUGGACUCCUGCUUUCCAUAGUCCUUCUGCUGGUUUUAUUCAAGGUCAUGGAGAACUGGCCUUUCACAUGGCAAUUCUCAACUAUAAUUUAAGUGGCCCUGCAGAAUCCAAUGUCUUUCCACUGGGAUCUUUUGUUCCUAUUUGGGCUAGUGUUGACCAGCAAGCCCAUCAGCCUCUGUUGCUGCUUCUGGAGGAAUGUGUAGCCUCCACAACAUUCGAAAUCUACCCAGACACCCUAACAUACCCGCUCAUCACCAACAAAGGCUGUCUCGUGGAUGGUAAGAAGAGCUUUUCCAAGUUUUUACCAAGGCAACACUCCUCCUCGAUUAUUCUUAACCUCCAAGCUUUCAGCUUUGCUUUGGGAGAAGAGGUCUACAUCCAUUGCAAAUUAAUGGCAUGGGACCCUGACAACGUCAACGUAGCAAAGAAGGCCUGCAACUAUAAUCAAGCCACCGGAGAGUGGGAGCUUUUAGAUGACCCAUUACGGAGUUCUGUUUGUCAGUGCUGUGAUAGAACAUGUCAAGGCCGUGGAAAGCGUGAUACAGAAUCUGCACCUCAAGGACUGGUACUAAAGUCAGUGUUGGGACCUUUGACAUUUACGGAAGUUUCACCGUGAUGUUGCUCCAUGCCAUCCUUUCUCUUUUGCUGAUUGUUGGUCCAGUGACUCACUGGAUGACCAACAGGUGCUGAAUUGAGAGCGUGACUAGGAGCGGUGCCAAGAAGUCCUAUGAGAUGGCUGGAUGAAUUAAUUUUUUGGGGGGAUUGCUCCAUCUUCUAUACAUGUUAUCCAUUAAAGGUCUAUGAAAUAUC